AUGGCAGACAAAACUCCUCUCAUAGAAAUGCCGAACGACGCAAAGGACACCUUGCUACCUCCCCGCCAUGCCUCGCUCCUUUCAUUCCUGAAAUUUUCCUUCCCCAUCAUCACUCACGCGACGGGUGCCACACUCUCGAUCCCGGACUUCUUCAGUCGGGAGCCUGUGAACUACGAUUCUGUCGAGAACUUACGCAAGAUCCCGAUACCACCUGCUUCAAUUGUCGGGGACAUCUCUGCAGCGUGUAAGGCCAUGAUACGAGCAGGAUUCAGGUCCAUCGUGUGCGCGCAUCUCACGUCCACGGUCCCUCGUUACCUCCCGUUCUGGGUAUUGGUCUACUGGAGUGAGAUUGUGUCGCUUCGAGCCAUCAGGGAGCCGUGGAGCAAGGCUGAUGGGAGCCUGCGGGAACGCGAUAAGAUCUGGCAGAAGAGGAAAGCACAAGGUCAGAUUCAGCCGGACCAUGGUUUGAUCCAGGAUGUGUACGACGCGCUAGACAUCCUCCCAUGGUCCGAAAAUAUACGGGGAUUCAGUAAUAUCGAACCAUUACACAAACUCACCACAUAUCUAUCCCCGAAGGCCUGGUUCUCAGAUGUUCACCAGCACCAAUCUAUCGAUCUUCUACGCCGAGAUAUUC